AUGUCUAAAUUAGCCGAAAUAAGGUUGUUGUACGAAGCGAAAAUCAAGGAAACGGUACCAGCUCCUGUGUUCGAUAAUCGGGAUUUAGAUCGGGUUAAAAGUGAUAUAUACUUAUACAGAGUAUUGGAACACUGUCAAAAUAAUGUGCAGCACGCCGCAGAUAUGCUAUACAACAUAAUGGUAUGGCGAAAAGCUAAUAAUACCAAUGAUAUCACAGAAGAUUCAGUUGAUAAGGACAUUUUGAGAGAUGGUCUGUAUUACACCCGCGGUCGGGACAUCGACAGCUGCCUUCUCUUCAUCAUGAACUCUAAAGCAUAUGUCAAAGGGCAAAGAGAUGUAGAGGCGGUGAAAAAAGUUUUUAUAUACUGGCUAGAACGCUUAGAACGUGAAGAAGGUGGAAAAAAAAUAACACUAUUUUUCGAUAUGGACGGUUGCGGUAUAAACAAUAUGAACCUUAAUUUAAUAAGCUACAUGAUCAAUGUGUUGAAAAGUUUUUACCCAAAUUUUAUAAAUUACAUCAUUAUUUUUCAAAUGCCAUGGAUACUCUCCGCUGGCUUUAAAAUUGUCAAGGAAAUGUUGCCAGCUCCGGCGAUUGAGAGAUUGCGAAUUAUUAAUAAGGAUAAGCUUAAGGAUCUAGUAGCACCUGAGCAGGCGCUUGUUAGUUGGGGUGGUAAGGAUAGCUAUGAAUUUAAAUUUUUAUCUGAACAUCGCACUGUAGUGACUACAGAAGAUGAUAAUUAUUCUCCUGGUGAGCUUUUGAAGCUUAAGCCACCUAAAACAUUGCUCUUUAAUGUUGAGGGUAGAAAGAUAACAGCAUCAUUGAUUAUAACCAAUAUGGACGAAGGUAUCAUUGCAUUCAAAAUCCGCACUACAGCUCCAGAAAAGUAUUGGGUACGUCCAAAUAAUGGCAUUCUUGCCAAGCAUGUGUCACAGAGAAUAGAAAUCACCGCUCAACCUGGUUUUAAUAUAGAUUCGAUUGAGAAGGAUAGGUUUUUAAUCGUAGCAGUAAACAUUCCCAACUUGCUUACAUCCCAGAGUGAGCUAUCGAAGAUUUGGAAAUCAGCGGGAAGCCACAUAGAUGAAUAUAGACUCAACUGUGCUAAAGUUGAAAAGAUAACAGUAGAUGAAACAAAAAAUAUUAACGAUAAUUUUAUAAAAUUAAGCAAUGAGUACCAAAAAAUUCAUCAUCGCUUGGAUAUGUUGCAUACUUUUCAAAUAGUUAUAUUCUUUCUGACACUGGCAACUUGUCUUCUUAGCUACAUGGUUUUGAAUAAAGUCAAUUGUUCUAAUUACAAAGAAUAA